AUGGCUCCCAGCUUCGAUAAUCUCGACAACGACGAGAACUUCGACGAUGUCGAAAUCGACUACUCCGAUCUGCGCGAGCAGUUCGAUGUGCGCAUGGAGGAGGGUCUCGACUCUUUCGUAGUCGUCGAUGGCCUCCCCAAGGUUCCCGAGGAGAGCAAGGCAAAGCUGAUCAAGUUCAUCCUCCGCAAGCUCACCACUGCUGGCAAGACCAGCGAGGACCUCGUCCUCAUGCCCAUCAGCGACGAGACCAACAUGACCGAGGGCUACGCCUUUGUCGAGUACGAGUCGCCCGCACAGGCCCAGGCCGCCGUCAAGGCCUUGAACGGCACCCCUCUGGACAAGAAGCACACCAUGGCUGUCAACAAGCUGACCGACAUUGAGCGCUUUGGUCGCGAGGGCCGCAUCGACGAGGACUACUCUCCCCCCGAGAUUGAACCUUUCCAGGAGAAGGAGCACUUGCGCUGGUGGUUGGGUGACAACGACGGUCGUGACCAGUUCGUCAUGUACCGUGGUGACAGUGUCGGCGUUUUCUGGAACGAGAGAGACGAGCAGCCCGAAUCCAUUGUUGACCGUGCUCACUGGACCGAAUCCUUCGUGCAGUGGUCGCCCAAGGGAACCUACCUUACCUCGAUGCACGCCCAGGGUGUUCAGCUGUGGGGAGGCAAGUCAUGGAGCAGACAGAAGCGUUUUGCUCACCCCGGUGUCAACCUCGUCGACUUUUCUCCCGACGAGAAAUACCUUACUACCUGGUCUCACCGCCCCAUGCAGGUCGAAGAAGGCCACCCCGUCCUCUCGCUCGACGAGGACGGCAAGAACUACAUCAUCUGGGAUCUCGAGACUGGUCUUCCUCUGCGUUCCUUCGUCACCCUCGACUCGGCCGGCCCUAAUGUCGACGAGGCUGGAAACCCCAUCAAGAAGAAGCUGCAAUGGCCUGCCUUCAAGUGGUCCGCCGACUCCAAGUACGUUGCCCGUAUGAACCCCGAACAAGGCAUCUCCGUCUACGAGCUGCCCCGCAUGAACCUCCUCGACAAGGUCUCAAUCAAGAUCGAGAAGAUUCAGGACUUCGAAUGGUGCCCCGCUACUCCCCAGCGUGAGGGUGUCAAGAACUACGAGCAGCUCUUCUGUUACUGGACCCCCGAGGUGGGUAGCAACCCCGCGAAGGUCGGUCUCAUGAGCGUUCCCUCCAAGGAGGUUGUCCGUACUCGUAACCUGUUCAACGUUUCCGACGCAAAGCUGCACUGGCAAAGCGACGGUUCCUUCUUGUGUGUCAAGGUCGACCGUCACAGCAAGAGCAAGAAGUCAAUGGCCACCAACCUCGAGAUCUUCCGCGUCAAGGAGAAGGGUGUGCCCGUCGAGGUCGUUGACGCCAUCAAGGACACCGUCAUCAACUUUGCUUGGGAGCCCAAGGGUGACCGUUUCGUCCUGAUCACUGCUGGUGAGGUGCCCGUCGGUGCCGCCGUACCCCCCAAGACUUCCGUCUCAUUCUUCUGCCCGGAAAAGGCAAAGGGCAACCAGGUUGGUAACUUCAAGCUGAUCCGCACUGUCGACAAGAAGAACAACAACGCUAUUCACUGGUCUCCCAACGGUCGUUUCGUCGUUAUCGCUACUGUCCUGUCACAACAGAGCUUCGAUCUCGACUUCUACGACUUUGACUACGAGGGCGAGAAGGAUGAGAAGGACAAGGACCUGACCGCCAACCUCGCUUUGAUGAACACGGCUGAGCACUACGGUGUUACUGACAUCGACUGGGACCCCUCAGGCCGCUUCGUCGCCACCAGCGCAAGUGUCUGGAAGCACCGCAUGGAAAACGGUUACCACCUUUACGACUUCCGUGGUCAACUUCUCCGUGAGGACCCCAUCGACCAAUUCAAGCAGUUUGCAUGGCGCCCACGUCCCGAGCGUCUCCUGUCCAAGGAGGAGCAGAAGGGCGUUCGCAAGAACCUCCGCGAAUGGAGCAAGCAGUUCGAGGAGGAGGAUGUUGCCCGCAAGAACACUGCCAACCGUGCUGUUGUCGAGCAACGCCGUCGUCUCCUCGACGAGUGGCUCGCCUGGCGCGAACGCACCACCGCCGAGCUUCGCCAGGAGCGCGAGGAGGAAGGUCUUCCUUCCAUCAGCCCCGAAGAGGCUGUUGCCAAGGACGAACCCUCCGAGGAGGGCGAGGGCAAGUACGUCGAGGAGAUUCUCGAGGAGAUCUUGGAAGAGACCGAGGAGAUCAUCGACUAA